UUCGUCAAAGUUCCUCUCUCUCUCUUCAUCUCUCUAAAAAUAUUUGAAAGAGAAAAAAAAGAGCAAAAGCUUCAUUCAUAAUCAAUGGCGUCCGCCAUUAAGAAAGGAAACAUGAUUACUCAAAUCGUGAGGCUAAAACAAGUCGUCAAACGCUGGAAAAACAAGUCCCUUAAGCGCCGCGGUGUCCUCUCGUACUCCUCAUCCGAUUCAGACGAACCGGCAUUAUCCGGUUCGGACAGUCGUACUCCCUCAGGAUCAUUGGCGGUUUACGUGGGGCCAGAACGCCGCCGGUUCGUUAUCCCCACCCGGUUCUUGAACCUCCCCGUGUUCAUCUCGCUGCUGGACAAGGCAGAGGAGGAAUUCGGGUACCAGAGGACGGGUGGGUUAGUUUUGCCUUGUGAAGUCGAGUACUUUUCGGAGAUUUUAAGGUUACUGGACCGGGAUGAGGAACGGUUCGGUCAUUUGGGUUUGGAUGAGCUUGUUAAGCUGAUUUCUGAAGUUGGGUUUGAAUCUUUAGAUCAGUCUUGCAAAGAAGCUGCUUCCCAUGGUUUUGCUCCUCUUCUGCAGAAUGCUAGGGUUUAAACGGUUUUUUAUUCUAACAAUGCCCGGUUCCGUUCUGUUUCUCCCCGGUUCGGUUCUUGAAGGAGGAAGCUCCCUAGGGUUAGGUUUUUUUUCUUCUUUUAAAUAACUGUAAAUGGUGGUGGAUCGGUAAAUGGGGGUCCACAGCUACCUGACCUAGGCAGUUUUCUUUUUUCUUUAUUUUAUAGGUUUUUUUUCUUUAUUUUAUUUUUCUUAUUUUUCAACCAUCCUUGAGCCCAGAAUUUAAUUUCUGAAGCUUUGCUGGGUUCCAAUGAGAUGUGGGAGAAUUUUUUUUUUUAGUGCUAUUUUUCCCAGACAAUUAAUAUUUGUUCUGGUGGUGGUGAUAGAGAGGCAGAUGAUUGUUAUUGUAUUAUUAUCAUUAUUAUGACGAUGAUGAAAAAAACAAAAGUAGUUUGAGUUAAUGAAAUAUUCAUAUUGACUUUA